CGGCCGCCGGCGCCGCUCCCUCCGUGUCUCGCUGCGGGAAGCGCCGCCCGCCCGCACCGGUGCCCCGAGGCCCCCGAGCGGCUCGGGGGGCAGGUUUACAGAGCCGGCUCCGGCGUAUAUAACAUGUCUGAUUACCUAUAGGGAGAGAUGUAUAUAAAAGGGUACUCAUGCUGACCUCAUAAUGAGAAACGAGCCAAUUCCUGCUUGCAAAGGGAAUGUUUUAUGUGCAGGCACGCGGUGCUCCUGCGCUGGCUGUGACAGAGCCCGGCGGGGUGCGAAGGUGCCCGACCUCCCCAAGAGAAGAGACUGGCCCGGUGGUCCCCGGGCUCUGCACCGAGCUGCUCACCUGCAGGAACAGACCAUGCCCAGGCCCUGCCGAGGCUCCCGCGGCAGCACGCUAGAUCCCAAGGAGGAAUGCUUUACAGAGAAAUCACUGCUUGCCCAGCCAACAUUUGUUUUUGAGAAGAAGGACCGUUCUUUGAAGCGGCCUGCAGAAGACCCAGUUUGCAAAGCUGAAAAUGAUUUCAUUAGUUGCUCCAGAAAACGUGCAAGAUCAUCAUCUUUGACUUUCCAGAAGUCUGACUCGCAGUCUGACACUGAUACAGCUCUCACACAGCAAAGAGGGAGGUCAUCUUCAUUUAACAUCCUUCCUACUUUCCCUCCCUCCCAGCCAGUGAAGAAGAAUAACAUAUUCAUGACCUCAGCUCUUCUUCAAAGAAAUCCUGACAUCAUCAAAAGUACAAGAGAAGGAUCCUUGUCACCAAGUCAAUUGUGGAAUGUCAUUAGACCUGCCACUUUACAGCCCCCACAAGCCCUGACCUGUCCUGAAAUUCCUGUAGUAUCUCUAAUGACUAAGAAAGAAGCGUGUGUUCAGCUAUCUGAAGACAGCUCUUAUUCAUCCACUGAGAAUUCAGUAAAUUCCAAAACAGCAAUGGGGUCAUCUAUUACCAUGAGUCUUUCCAGCUCUCAGAAAACACAGGGACAAGAAAGAAGCGUACAAAACAGCAGCAAUUCAGAUUUUGUGUUUGGGGAAAACAUGGUUGAAAGAGUUUUGGUUGGACCUGCACAUACUGGCAGACUUUUUAUCAAGAGUCCUGAGAAGCAUCCGAAGCUGUGCACAGAAGCUGAUUUACACAAAGGAGAAAUAACAUCCAUGUCCACAGGAUCUUCUCAUGUCAGGACACAAACAAAAAGACCUUUGUUGAGGAAUGCAACACUAAUUGAAUCAGCAGCUGCUUGUGUUUCCAAGCCAGUGGAGAAAAUCCUGUUAGAUAAAGUUGAAGUUAUAACUGGAGAAGAAGCAGAACAAAAUGUAUUGCAGAUUAACUGCAAGCUCUUUGUAUUUAAUAAGCUUUCUUUAAGCUGGACUGAAAGAGGCAGAGGAUCCCUGAGGCUUAAUGACACUUCUAGCAAUAAGCAUGGAAUGUUACAGUCAAGGCUAAUUAUGCGGAAUCAAGGUAGCUUGAGACUGAUUCUCAACACCCAACUCUGGGAACAAAUGGUUAUAAAAAGAGCAAACAGAAAGAGCCUGUGCUUCACUGCAACAGAUCAAGAGGACCAUUCUGUUCAAGUAUUUCUAACUCAGGCAAGCUCAAAAGACACGGAACACCUGUAUGCAGCAAUACAUCAUCGCCUUGUGGCCUUGCGAAGCUUUGCUGAGCAAAAGCCAGAUGCUCAUCAAGGAGACACAGAGUCAGAAACAGCUUUUCAGCCAUUAAACUGUGAUAGUGAUGAUGAAGAUGAUGAAGAACUAACUCAAGUGAGCAGCACUGGAUCUGAUCAUUUUAGAUGGAACCGCAGGCGGUCUGUUGUCUGCUCAUGAUAUCUGCAAGAAGUUACAACAGCUCAGCUGGGAACUCAUCUUCCCAAAAUGUCUAAGCUGACUCAUCAGCCCCUGGAGGGAGGAAAUCAGAUGCAUAUUACUUUAUUACUUUUAAGUAGAGAUUAAUUUUAGAGACAGCUUAAGUUUAAUUCAUUGAGAAAGAACUUCAGAUGCACUACUGAGGAUUCCAGGCAGCCUGAGCUGUAAAUAACACCAUGGCUUCCAAUAGUCAAGAAUUGUUGCAAAGUCUUUCAAUUUUAGAAUUAAAUAUAUUUAGAUACAUUAUUAGAGUGAGGAAUUUUAUAGGGAAUAAGUACUUGUUCAUCAUAUUGAUGGAUAAUACCACAUAAGCAUGAACUAAUAAUAUAUGUGAACAGAUAUUUCUUACUUUUAAUCUAUUAUUUAAAAGAUACAUUUGGAAAGCUUUAAAUUUUGCUUCACUGAAAACAUUUAUUUAAAAUUGUGUGGUAACAUUCAGCAUCCUGUUUGUAAGUACAUGCAAGCAAAACCUGGGGUGGCAGUUUAGCAUGACCAAGGCCUGUAGAAACUAGCCCCUAUACAAUGUUUAUUGAUAGAAACACCCCCUAUACAAUGUUUAUUUAAUGUUUAUUUUGAAAAUAUCUGGAGUGGUAUACUUGCUACAGAAUUUCGUUUAAGGGAAAAGAACCAUGAUCUGCAUCUUUCAGCUGUAUGCGCAAAAAGAAUUCACCAUGAAGAAGUAAAAGCCUGUUCUAAGGGCUAUAUCAGCUUUAAAAUUUAAAGUGUGUCUGCUUGCUCAUGAACACCUUUCCAGCUGAACAAAACAAACACCCGCACUUGUGUAUAUUAAUUGUCCAUUUGAUAUACACAAAUAAAUGCAUGCACAAACAGGAAAUCUACAUUAAAUGUGUGAGAUUAUCUGAGAUUAUUUCUGCCUUAGCUGUUGCUAUUCCUAACAGCAUCAUUCAUAAGUAUGUUACAGAUUCUCAUGUGCACAAUAAUCCCAACAGUGGCCAAGACACAGUUGCUCUGUAGAAGUCAUGCCACAAAUUAAUGCCUUCUACCUAAACAUUUUUGUGAGAAAAAAACUCCAAUUCACCUGUGAAUCAAGACUUGCAGGGUCAUUCAUAAGCCCAUGCAAAGUAAGACACACUACUUAUGUUCCAUAUUUUCAUUCUGUCAAAAUUAGAAUUUGUCUGCAAUCUCUCCACUGCUACUUCCCUGAUGUGCGGCACAUUGGUUGUCAUCCUCAGAGCUGAAACAAUGUUCUGAAAUAUCUCAAGUCCUUUUAAUUAAGGAAAUUGUAAUGAUUUCUCAAUCUAAAAAGCUGCAACACAUCUGAUCAGUCAAGUUACAAUUUAGUUUUCCCAUUUGAACAUGGUAUGAAGUUGGAAUAAUACUACUUUCUUCCUGAAUUCUCAUUGCACUGCCAAGAUUAGUAUCCAGAUGAAGCUGAAAUAGUUGUCUGGAUUACACUGAAGUAAUGGCCUACCAAAAUUAGCACUUGUCUGACAUUGAUUUAGCAUUUGGAUGACAGUAAAUUUAAGUGGAACUUGAUUUCUGCCUUCAGGAAAAAGGAACUGCUUCCCAACAGAGCAUCUGUGUCAAACAGUGAAGCAUGGGGAUUCUCUUUGAUUCCAGUCUGCCAGUAACAAAAAUAUUGUUUCCAUAAUGAGCUGUACAUAGUGUCCUUUGUUAUCAGCCUCUCUCCUGACCACAACAAUAUUUACAUCACUGGCCUUCAUAUUUCAUUGCUGCAACUCAUCCUCAGGGACAAAGCUCCAUGUUAUAAAAACUCAGGCAGUUGUAAAACACAGCAGCCCUAUGUAUUUAGCAACAGGUCAUGGUGAUAUGUUUGCCCUGGAGUUCAGCUGGCUAUGCACUGAAUGCAGAGUUUGAUUUCAAAGUCUGUCCUGAUAAUCAAAGCUUUCUGUGGAACAGGAUUUAAGCACCUUAGUGACAUGAUACCCCUCUAAAUUCUACUACAGCUGUAAAAUCCUUGGUAAAUAAGGGAGGUUUCCAGGGCAGGGACAACAGAACUUUUUCAGACACAGGACUUAAACUUUGUAAUUUGCUCCCACAGCAUACAGAACAAGGUUUAUAAAUAAAAGCUGUUUUGAUCUGCCUCUUCCCAAGAUCCUUACAUGUAUACACAAUAUACAUAUAAACACAUACACUCAUGUACACAGACACUCAAACAUGAAGCUUCAUCUCCCAAAACCUGAGAAGGAGAAGAGAUGUUUAUUUUAAAGACAUUGGAUACUUUGGUAAUAGAGGAAAAAAUUUUUGCUCUUAAAAAUGUAAUUAUGUGUUCUCUUUAGUCUCAUGGCACUAAAGUUCACUGUUCCUCAAGCCUGAAGGCACACCAUUAUGUAAUGUAUUAAAUUGGUUUUUAAAAUGUAGUUUGUCAUUUUAUGACACCUGGAGAGCAAUUUCUGCACCUCAACAAUAAACAAUUUCCU